UGACAUCUUCCCAUUAUGGAGAACCAUAAGGGAGCUAUGAUGGAAUUGAGUGAGGGGCUGUGUAAGCUUAGAAAGAUGAAUUUCUACGGUGGACCGUUCUAUGACUUUGAGCAAGACAUUGCUGCGGUUCUCAACUUCAUCUACAAUACUCAAAUUGAGUUGGCUGCCUGUGGUGAUGAUCUAUGUAUGACAAUGGAGCAGUCGGAGAGGUCAUAUCUUCUCCUUGGAGGCUAUGCCGCCGGCCAGCAUGUUUAUCAUCUGCAAACAGAUUCAAAUGAAGAUGUGUAUAUAGUGUUUUGCCCUCAAAGACCCGAUGGAUCCGCUCAGACAUCCGGUCCAUCUCCAAGGGGUAAGGCUUCCGGUUCUUAAAGCUGCAGAGGGCCAGCAUUUGGUCUGUUAAUAAAGUCACUGCAGGAACCAAUGUUUUAUAUAGAAAAUAAUCCGUUUCUAUUCCUUCAAAAGAUUAAGGCCUAUAGCUUGAUAUAAAGUGUGUGAUC